CUGAAGUUAGUGUUUAGAAUGUUGGUCUGACAGCAACUGCAAAUAGGAGGAGCGCUCUUCCACAUUAUUGGCACUGGCUUCGUAAACUAGCGGUGUUUAGAAUUUGUCUUCGGAAUAACAGAAAAAAUGAUGCUGAAGUAGUCAAAAAUAAGAGUUUUAAGAAUAUCUAGUUGUUUAUUGACUGUCCAAUCAUGGACUUUCAAAAUCGAGCCGGAGGUAAAACGGGUGGAGGAGGGGUGGCAUCAUGGACGGAAACAAACAGGGACAGGAGGGAACGGCUUCGACAGUUGGCCCUCGAAACCAUUGAUCUCCAGAAGGAUCCCUAUUUUAUGAAAAAUCAUUUGGGUUCUUAUGAAUGUAAGUUGUGUCUAACGCUCCACAAUAACGAAGGAAGUUAUUUAGCACAUACUCAGGGUAAAAAGCAUCAAGCUAAUCUUGCCCGUCGAGCUGCUAAAGAAGCUAAGGAUGCACCACAGCAGCCUGCCCCUGAGAAAGCUCGAGUAGAUGUCAAAAAGUUUGUUAAGAUUGGGCGCCCCGGUUACAGGGUUACAAAGCAAAGAGAUCCUGAAUCAGGUCAGCAGUCUCUUCUUUUCCAAGUUGAUUAUCCAGAAAUUGCGGAAACUGUAGGACCUCGACACCGUUUUAUGUCAGCAUAUGAACAGAAAGUUGAGCCACCAGACAGGAAAUGGCAAUAUCUCUUAUUUGCUGCUGAACCAUAUGAAACCAUCUCUUUCAAGGUUCCAAGCAGAGAAGUUGACAAAGAAAAAUUCUGGACUCAUUGGAACAGAGACACAAAGCAAUUUUUCCUUCAAUUUGCUUUCAAGCUAGAGAAGCCAGGAGUCCCUGGUCAGCCGAUGCCAGGACCUCCAGGAAUGAUGCCCAACAUGCCGCCCCACAUGGCACACAUGCUGCCCCCGCCACCCAGACCGUCUGGUCCUCCCCCGAACGUCCCACCCCCGCCCCCCAUGUUCAACCCUGUCCCACCUCCACCUCCCAGUGGGAUGCUCAUUCCUCCUCCUCCGCCAGUUUAGUUGUACCACAAUUUGUGAAUGAAAUAAAAGUACAGGUCUUGCAUUCUAUUA